AAAACCUGCGAUUAAGGGCGAAGCGCUUCCAGAGAGGUGUGAUAUUUCUUAUUCUUCAUUUCAAUAUUUUUAAGCUUCAUUUAACUUUUAUUUAGAUUUUACUUGGAAGAUCUACCUGUCAGGUGUUUCCGAGCACUGGUGUUGACUUUGUACUGCAACCACAUGGCCACUUCAAAAAGCCUUUGCACCCAUCGGAGCGUUCCUAUCGAGGUGGAUGAAAGCAUGCCACCCUCCAGUCUGGACUUGGACUGCCAGAAGUGUAGUGGACCAGAGAACAGUAGAAGCUGGGAGCAGACUGGGGAACUGGACAUCCAUGUCAAGCGAGAGAGACUUCUUCAGCAUUAUUUCCAGAGUGAAUUAAAAAAUGCACCUACCUCUGGCCAGGGCGCCUGUGUUUGGCCUCAAAGACAAGGAGAAAAUAACCAUUGUGGUUUUCUGGAACCUCAAAACAGGCUUGAUUGUUCAUUGGAUGAUGGAGAUGGUUUGGAGCAACCUCUCCCACUCAUGUCGGGUGUCAACGCUGGCCACUACGUCCCGUCGCGCUUCCCAGCUGCACAUGUUCAUGGCCAAUGCGUCAGUCCAAAGCAGGAGAGUCGUCUUGGACACUGUUUGCGUCCACACCAAAGGGCUCGACCCUUUGAACGAACGUGUAACCAUCCAGGACACAGAAUGCAAUAUCCCAAUAUUCCAAAUCCCCGUCGAGUACAACCUGGGGCAGUCCCCAAAGAUGUUAUGUGUGAGGUCAGUUUAGAUCAUCGUCUUCAAGCAGAUCCGGUACCAGCUACGAGGGAGAUCAGGAAGACCGUCACUCUCCCUGAUGAGUAUAGAAAUGUUUUCAUCACGUAUUCAGUGGACACUGCUGAAGAAAUGACUGGCUUUGUUAAAUUUCUAACAAGUCAGGGCUUCAAACCGGCUAUUGACAUAUUUGAUACUCCGGCCAUACGGAUGGGCUUCACCAGAUGGAUGGACAGAUUUUUGAAUGAUAAAUCCGUCCUCAUCAUUGUGGCAAUCAGCCCCAAGUACAAGGAGGAUGUAGAAGGGGAUAAUGACGAUGAGCACGGGCUACAUACCAAGUAUAUCCACAAUCAGAUCCAGAAUGAAUUCAUCCAACAAGGCUGCCUGAAUUUCAGACUUAUACCAGUGUUAUUUUGCAAUGCAACGAAGAGACACGUCCCCAGUUGGCUUCAGAACACGAGGAUCUACAGGUGGCCCCUCGACAUGCAGGACCUUCUGUUACGCCUGCUUAGGGAGGAGCGUUACAUCAUUCCACCGCCAGAAGCAUCCCUCACUCUCACAAUUCGUCCACUCUGAAAGAAAUGACGCACAAACAAGAGAAUUUGACAUUUCCAAUGAUUGUGUCCACAUAUCUUGGUCUAUUUGAUUUACUAUCUAUCUACGCUGACCUAAUAUUUGCAGUGUAUUUAAUUCUGAACAAUUCUGUCUGCAUGGCCAUGUUUGAAACGAGAAUAGAUGAUUCCGUAUCAGGAACAGAAGCGUGGAUACCGGAUUAUUGAAAUGAACGUUGGGUUACAUUAUGAAUAACUAUAUUUACCACCACAAGGUGGCAGCAUAUUACAAAUAAUCAAAACAACCCAGCACCACUUGGAUCUAAAACAGAAAAAAAGGAAGGCGUAAUGGCAUUUAUGUUCUAUUUACUGUGUUAUGACAGCAGCAAUUCUCGUAGGACAAUAUAAUUAUUUCAACCAAACCUCGAGUUGCCCUUCAUUCCAACGGGAGGCCCAACAAUGUCAUACGCUACUAGAAUUUCAAUCAAUCAGUCCUUACAAGCUCAACUUUAGCUCGCAAACUGAGAGAAGUCCAGGCCAACCAGUCUGUUUCCUUGACCUAAGUAAAAAUGCUUUGUUGCCUUUAAGUGCUGUGUUUCACCCGCUUUAUCAGAUCCUGAAUGAGGCCACUUCCUGCCAACACCAGGCCUGCCAAAGCCAAUAAAUCCAGCUUUUAUUGUUCCACAAAUACCUGCCGCUCGUCUCAGCGUUAUCUGCCCAGUCCAAAGCAGCCAGGAACUCACAGAUGUGUUUUCAUAAACAGCAAUGAAAUAUCAUUCCCUCC